CUAGAAAAAAAUCUCCCACUGGUUGCCACCGAAGUUCCAACUAGAAAAUUCUUUAUAAAAGAAAGGUAUAUGAAUGGCCCAAAUGUGGGACAGCAUACAAAAGGCAUGGCGACAACAAGUGCACAGAAAUAGAGAACAUCUGAAAAACAGUCAGACCAAACAUGUCCUCCAAAUGGAGAAAGGACUGCAGCACUUCUAAACAACACCCUAAAAUAAAGGAGAAAAUUCAGUAGGAGAUAUUUGGCUCAGAAAAAUAUGCAUACCUGCUUAUAAUUAAAUAAAUACAGUACAGAGGGUUUAAACUUUGAAGGGAGAGAGGAAGGCAAAGGAAUAUCUGUCUGACCCAAUCAAUGAAUCUAUGAUAGAUCCACCCACACAACCAAAUAUAUAUUAAUUAAAACUAAAGUGGGUUUGUUUUGGUUUUUCUUUUUAUUUUUUUGGGUAGCAGGUGACAGUGAUUGUGAUGAUGGAGAAGGAAGUAAGUAAUGUAGAACCCAUUUUAGAUUAAAGCUAGAAUUGAUUGGAUUAGACUUUACAGAAAAGAAUUGGGUUGAAAGGUAUGAAUGGGGGUGAGCUCUGAAGGCUCUGUCUUUGACAGAUUUUGUCAACCACUUUGUGUGACAAAACCGAGUAGAGCAUGGAGCGGCUUUUAUGAGCCUACAUAGAUUUAGAGUAGUCGCUGUUGAUGAUUGUACUCUUUGAUUUUUGAGAAGGAUGUAUGUUGUGAAGGAUGAGCAGGUGCACUGGUCAGGGCCUAUGAUCUACUAGCAACUAAUUUUGUACUCAAGCAGGCCAGGCCAAGAAGGACAAAGGUCUGACUGAGGGAAUAAUAGUUCAUAGUUACACACAGACAUCUCACUGUAAGUAUUGAUUGCCCUUUCCUUUUCUAUGCUCGGAUUGGACGCCGUUGGGCAGUUGGGGGUGCAACAUUUUAAUCAACAGAUGCAAACAGUGGAAGGUGAAGAAAAAACAGCCAAUACAUGAAGCCCAUUCAGCAUAUACUUUGAUAAGAGUGCCCUAAUACAAUAACAUGUGCAGGGCCCAGAGGAUCGUUUUCCCUGAUCUGACUUCGCGCUGAACUGACCUUAAAAUAAUCUCAUUUGGGCUAAAAAUCUCAUGUGGCCUAAUUUCUGGUGUUACUAUCGGUGUUUUGAUUUGGGUUGCCUAGAUUUGUUGUCAUGGAGUUUAGCCCACCUGGGUUGCACCAGUCUCCUCUUCCUCCUUCCUGUUAUGAUGGUGGGGAUUUUGGUGAGAGUGCAAUUGCAGCAGCAGGCAUGAAGUCCAUAUGCCCUGAGCUUUGGCAUGCCUGUGCCGGUCCUUUGAUCACCCUGCCUCCCAAGGGCAGCCAUGUCGUGUAUUUUCCUCAGGGCCACUUGGAACAGCUCACAGACAACGAUGGUGGCAUCGAUAAAUUUAGCUCUGGAUCCUUUUGCAGGUUCGCCACACCUGUUGCAUCAAUGGCCGCGGAAGAACCAGCCGUGGCAUCCUUGAAUGUGGCGUCUUAUAGAGCUCAGGCUGUCAACCAACAAAUGCAUUCAUACACACUCUUACCCCAAAUUUUGUGUCGUGUGUUGAAUGUGGAUCUAUAUCAGGCUGACCAGGAAAUGGAUGAAGUCUAUGCACAAUUGACAUUAUUUCCAGAAUCUGAGGAAAGCAAGAAAUGUGCAGAAGAGCUACAGCCUGCACCCGCAUCCACCACUCCUCAUAUGUUUUGUAAGACUCUAACAGCUUCUGAUACAAGCACCCAUGGAGGGUUUUCAGUUCCUCGGAGGGCUGCAGAGGACUGCUUUCCACCACUUGACUACAGCCAACAGCGACCUUCCCAAGAACUUGUUGCAAAGGAUCUACAUGGAAGAGAAUGGAGAUUUCGGCAUAUAUUCAGGGGUCAGCCACGCAGACAUUUGCUUACUACUGGAUGGAGUCUUUUUGUCAGUUACAAAAGGCUAGUUGCUGGAGAUGCUGUACUCUUUCUGCGAGAUGAAAAUGGAGAAUUAAGGUUAGGAAUUCGACGUGCUUCCCGGCAGCAAAGUAAUGUACAUUCUUCAGUGGUUUCAGGACAGGGUAUGCAUUCGGGUGUGCUAGCUGCUGUAGCUCAUGCAGUUGCCACGAAAAGCAUGUUUCACAUUUUCUAUAACCCAAGGAGAAGUCCAACAGAAUUUGUGAUUCCUUAUUCCAAGUAUGUUAAGAGUUUCAAUUAUCCAUUGUCUACUGGAAUGCGAUUCAAAAUGAAAUUUGAAUCUGAAGAUGCAACUGAGAAAAGGUACACUGGUACGAUCACUGAAAUAAGUGAUGCUAACCCUGUGAGAUGGCCUGGAUCAAAAUGGAGACCCAUAAAGGUUAGGUGGGAUGAACAUGCGGCACAUGAAAGGCAGGAAAGAGUGUCUCCUUGGGAAAUUGAGCCAUUUAAUUCCACAACAGGGUUGAAUCUGCCUGGUCCAAGAAUCAAAAGACUUAGGACAAGUUUUCCAUCAGCAUCAACAGAUUUGCCUAUCCCGGAUGGGGAUGGUUUAUCAGACUUUGGAGAAUCUUCAAGAUUCCAAAAGGUCUUGCAAGGUCAAGAAAUUUCACCUCUAACAGUCCCUUUUAGAGGUGAUGGAAAGGAUUUGACGAAAUGUCAAGUUUGGGAUUAUAAGGCACUGGAUGAUGCAAGGGAAUUCUCUGGAGGAUCAAGGAGGACUGGACAUGAAAUCUGGCCUCCGUCUGGAAGAUCUCGUGUUUCCUCUUCAGAUUUAUACUAUGAAAAACAGAAAUCCGGGGGGCUAUAUGGAUUUGAAGCUAUGCGCUCCUUAGAUUGCCCAUUUGCAGAAAGACCAGAUGCAACUCAGCAACAUCAAAGAUACAUUGCACAAGGCAGAGACAAUGCCAUUUCACUUCCUUCAAAUGCAGUAGUUCCGACUGCACUGUAUUCUUUGCCUUCCUCCUCUCUUAAGUUACCUCAAGUAAACAAUUCAGAAAUGAAGCUUUCUUUAUCAUCUCCAAAAUCUGUGAUAGGUGCUUGUCAAAAAAGUGAUUUAUGCUGGGAGUUCUGGCAACCUUGUUCUUCUGGUCAAAGUUCAUCACAAACUGCUGUUCCCAAAAUGGAAGCUCGGCAGCAUGCUUCCUCAAGUUCUCCUUGCUUGUCAGAGGACACUGAAGGUGCUUCAAGGGAAGCAAAUUUUUCUUCAGAGUAUCCUUUAAGGGCACCGAGGCAGUUCUCAUUUGAGCGAGAGAAGCUUGCUUUAGAAAUAUCUCAUUCUCAGAAACAAAACAGGAGCAAAGUGAAAGGAGAGCAGAAUUGCAAACUCUUUGGAUUUUCCUUGCCUAAGGUUUCUGCUUGUGAAGAUGAUGCUUUCAAUGGUAGAGUUCCUAAAGAUGUUAGUUCAGAUGGUUCACAUGUAUCAUUGGAUAAUGCGCCUUUCCACGCAAUGCAUUCCAAAGACCAUGACCAUCUAGAGAAAACGGUACAAGAGUCAUGCGGUCAUCAAGAAACUCCCAGAGCCUCAGAUCAAGAAAUAUCUUCUGUUACCAAAGUUAAAAAUUCAAUUCAAGCUUAUGGGCGCAGUUGUACAAAAGUUCAUAAACAAGGGAAUCCUGUAGGAAGGGCAGUUGACCUGUCAAAACUUCAUGGGUAUGAUGAGCUGAUUCAUGAACUAGAGCACCUUUUCAGCAUGGAUGGUUUAUUAAGCUGCCCUGAAAAGGGAUGGCAUGUUGUUUACACGGAUAAUGAAGGUGAUAUGAUGCUUGUUGGAGAUGAUCCCUGGAAGGAAUUCUGUAAUAUAGUCUGCAAAAUACUGAUAUAUACUCAGGAAGAGGUGCAGAAAUUAACACCGAACAUAUUUAGUGAAGAUGCUCAGAGCUGCUUUGAGCAGCAGCCUACUGUUCUCGAGGUUUCAAAGUGUUCGAUUGAUGGACAGGAUUCUUCUUCCCCGCUCUUAACAGGAAUCUAAUUGUUCCAUAAAUCAUUUCAAUAAUUUUAGGGAUAGACUAACCUAUGUGAUGGCAUGGCUAUAGGCCGAUAUUAUAUUUCUAUGUUUUAGCUAUGGAUAUUUCUUGUUAUAAAGAUACUUAAUUAAAGCAAGGCAUUUCUUAGUA